CCAAAAUCCCACCCUUUGGUAACUCCCAAGGUCACGGCCCCCCCCUUUCCGGACCACAAGAUCGAUGAACUGUCUAUCGAUUCCUCCGGGUCACUUGUUACUUACCGUUGGAUGUACCCCGAUUCUCUUGUGACAAUCCAACAGAGCCGUGACGACGACAACAGCCAGGCCGCUCGCCCUUCAUUCAUUCCACUUACCUCCCAUCCCUACUUACACACUACCGCCCCUCGACAAGACAGAUCAAGCACGACACAGAUCGAGCGGACCCCAGGACAGCAUCAAAGAGGGGCCCAUCUUGCUGUUUUAUCUCAAUUAUCCCCCGGCUCCCGUCCCUCUGAUAUUACCAGCAUUUUGCCGUCUUUCCUCUCCCGACUCGGUUCAGUUGCUUUCAGCACACACCCCCACCAUCACCAGAGAAUCCCCAUGAUAUUACUACCAUCACCGCGGGGAGCCCAUACCUGACCGCCUGUCUCUGCCUGCCUGCCUGCUUCCCACAGCUGUCGCAACACCUCGGGUAUCCUCUCUAGACGCCUAGGAGAGUCGAGCACAGCCAUUCGAACCUCUUAUCUCGAAUCCCGCUUCCCCCCCCCCCCCCUUCCCGCUGCCCACCAUGGCAUGGCAGCCCUCACCCGAGUCCCUGAGCACGCUGGCUGCUUGUCUCAAGGACUCCCUCAGCGGAUUUGACGUCGCUGCCCAGAAACAUGCCGAGAAUAUGCUCACCCAAGCAAAGGCGUCUCCCGACAUCAAUAACUAUCUCAUCUAUCUGUUCUCGAGCCAGGAGCCCCCCGCCGGCCUGCAGUGCUCCGUUCAGGACUAUUUCCUCGUGCGGUCCGCUGCCGCGAUCAUGCUCAAGAACAACAUCAAGACCGGUUCGAGGCAGAUCGCUGCCAACAGCCUCGACCUGAUCAAGAUGGCGAUCCCGCUCGGCCUGCAGGAUAAGAACAGCCAGAUGCGCAACUAUGCUGGCAAUAUCGCGACCGAGAUGAUCCGUCGAGGCGGUAUCAUGAGUUGGCCCGAGCUGCUGCCGGAGCUUCUCAAGAUGAUCGGCAACGAGACCGGCCAGGUCUCGAAUGAAGGCCAGGAGGGCGCCAUGGCCGCCAUGGCCAAGAUCUGCGAAGACAACACCAAGAUGCUGGAGCGCGAGCUGAACGGAGAGCGGCCUCUGAACUUCAUCCUCCCCAAAUUGAUACAGGCGACUAAGAGUCCCCUGCCCAAGGUUCGCUCCCAGGCCUUGACAGCCAUCAACGUCUUUGCUGCUCGAAAGUCCCAAGCCAUGCUCAACUCCGUCGACGACUUGCUGCAACAUCUAUUCACUCUAGCUACGGACGAGAGCUCCGAUGUCCGGAUGCAAGUAUGCAGAGCAUUUAUACAACUAGUCGAGUCUCGCCCGGAUAAGAUACAACCCCAUCUCCCCGGUCUAGUCGACUACAUCAUCGCCCAGCAGCGGAGCGGCGAUGAGGAUCUAGCCUGCGAUGCGGCCGAGUUCUGGCUGGCGGUCGGAGAGCACGAGCAUCUGUGGCAAUCCCUAAGUCCGUAUAUCGGCAAGAUUAUUCCGGUCCUGCUCGAAUGCAUGGUGUACAGCCCCGAGGACAUCGCCCUGCUCGGCGGCGCGUCUGACGACGAAGACGAGGAAGAUCGGCAGGAAGACAUCAAACCUCAGUUUGCCAAGAAAUCGUCGACGCGGCAAGCCAACGGCGAAGGCCCCGCGGAUCCUUCGCAGAACGGAAACGCAUUCGAGAAACUGGCUAGCAUGGACGACCUCGAAGAAGGCGAAAUCGAUGACCUGGAAGACGGCGACGACGCAAAUCCCGACGAGAGGUGGACUCUACGCAAGUGUUCGGCAGCUGCGCUAGACGUAUUCGCCCACGACUUCGGGGAUCCUGUCUUCGAGUCGAUCCUGCCAUACCUGACCAAAAAUUUGAAGCACGCCGACUGGCCAUAUCGCGAGGUGGCGGUGCUUGCUUUGGGUGCUGUGUCCGAAGGCUGCAUCAACGUAGUGACGCCUCAUCUCCCUGAGCUUGUGUCGUACCUAAUAUCCCUCUUGAACGACCCCGAGCCCGUGGUUCGGCAGAUCACCUGCUGGACGCUGGGCCGUUAUUCCGCCUGGGCCGCGGAUUUAGCCGAUCCAACCCAGAAGCAGCUCUAUUUCGAACCGAUGAUGGAGGGUAUCCUCACCAAGAUGCUAGACAGCAACAAGAGGGUCCAGGAGGCUGGGGCGUCUGCUUUUGCCAACCUCGAGGAGAAGGCGGGAAAGCGACUGGAGCCUUACAGCCUCCCAAUAAUCCAGCAAUACGUUAAAUGUUUUAAGAAGUACAAGGACCGGAAUAUGUACAUCCUCUACGAUUGCGUGCAGACGUUGGCGGAAAAUAUCGGGCCCGUCCUCGCUCGGCCUGAUCUGGUCAACGAAUUGAUGCCGGCUCUCAUCGAGAGGUGGACCAAAGUAACGGACCAGUCUCGAGAACUCUUCCCCCUGUUGGAGUGCCUGUCCUACGUUGCGAUGGCACUGGGCGACGCCUUCACCCCAUACGCGCAGCCGAUAUUCGCUCGCUGCGUCAACAUCAUCCACCGGAACCUCGAGGCGUCUCUUGCCUUGGCCAAUGACCCGUCCAUCGACGGCCCCGAUAAGGACUUCUUGGUCACGAGUUUAGACCUCCUCAGCGCCAUAAUCCAGGCGCUCGAUCGGUCCAAGUCUGCUAAGCUCGUCCAGGAGUCCCAACCGGCGUUCUUCGAACUCCUCACGUUCUGCAUGGAAGACCCGACAGACGAAGUACGGCAGUCGGCGUAUGCGCUUCUCGGAGACUGUGCGAAAUAUGUGUUUGCGCAACUGGAACCCUCGCUGCCGAACAUCUUCUCCGUGCUUCUAAAGCAACUGGACCUGGAUAGCAUUCUAGACGAGGAUAUGGACAGCGGGUUUGGCGUGGUCAACAAUGCGUGCUGGUCCGCGGGCGAGAUUGCCAUACAACACAAGUCGCGGAUGGCGCCUUACGUGCCCGAGCUUUUCCAGCGCUUUGUCGAAAUCGUUACCAAUCAGGGUAUCCCUAAGGGGGUGACGGAGAAUGCUGCCAUCGCGCUAGGACGCCUUGGACUCGGUAACGGCGAGCUCCUAGCACCGCAUCUAGCCGGCUUUGCGGAAGAUUUUCUCAAAUCCAUGGACGAAGUAGACCCAUCCGAUGAAAAGGCGACAGCCUUCCGAGGUUUCACUGCGAUCGUGGAGAAGAAUCCUAUGGCCAUGGAGAAGUCACUCUUACACUUUUUCACUGCCAUUGCCCGAUAUAGAGACUUGAAGCUGCGCAGCGAGACCAAGAACGGACUGCACGAGGACUUCCAAAAGGCUAUUGGUAUUUACCGCCAGAUUAUCCCGCAGUUUGACCAAUUCUUCGGCCAGCUGCAACCUCAGGACCAGGAGGCCCUAAGGACGACGUAUGCCUUUUAAACUAACGACACGGAGAACGGUAUGACUAGGGAUUUAAACAGCACUUGAAGAUAUUGGGCAGACUUCCCUCGUGCCUCUCCUGU